CUCGAAAGCACUCCCAAAAUGCAUACAGGCUAUCAUCAGUCUGGUUCCUCGUCUUCCCUCCUAUCGACAUUAAAAGCUAUGCUAUCUCGUUCAUAACAUUUGUUGCGGCAGGAGAACGAUUUCUCGACCUCGGUGACAUACGGCUAAGAAUCAGCUCAAGUUGCACAAAUGGCUGGUCGUCGUGCUUCGGAGACCAGUGCUCUUCUCAACGAACAUGGUAUUGAUGACUUCCGGAAGUCCGUGGCCCAAGUCGACCAAAGAAUAUAUGGCACCGCCACAGAAGAAGAGGUGCCUCUGGUGAAGAAUCCCGACUUCGAAACAACAUGGCAAGCCGAAACUGGCCUCCUCGCUCGGUACUCUGGACCACUGAUGCUCACCUACAUCUUGCAAUACUCAUUCUCUCUGACCACUGUCUUCGUCGCCGGUCGCUUGGGUACCAAGGAACUGGGUGCCGCGUCUCUCGCUACGAUGACGGCCAAUGUAACAGGUCUCUGUGUCUACGAGGGUCUGGCAACGAGUCUUGACACCCUUACAUCUCAAGCAUUUGGAAACAGCAAGAAGCAGCUAGUGGGCCUCCACGUCCAACGGAUGGUUCUGCUCGUGUUCGUUGUCACCAUUCCCAUCGGCGCAGUCUGGAUCUGUUCUCCCUGGAUCUUAUCGGCUUUGGUGCCCGAAAAAGACGAGGCAGUUUUGGCGGGCACCUUCAUGCGAAUAUACCUGCUCGGCGCGCCAGGCUGGGCAAUCUUCGAAGCUGGAAAACGAUUGUGUCAGGCACAAGGUGACUUCACCGCCUCUCUUGUGGUGAUCAUGAUUUGUGCCCCCUUGAAUAUCCUCUGGAAUUGGCUGCUGGUUUUCCGCCUCAAUCUGGGAUUUGCCGGUGCUGCGUGGGCCGUUGUGAUAUCGAAUAAUUUACAACCAAUUGUACUUGUCCUCUACGUCGCCUUGUUUGCAAGGUCCAAUUUGCAAUGUUGGCCGGGCUUGCAACUCCGACGAGCAUGCCAGAAUUGGGGUCCUAUGGUCAGGUUGGCCUUGCCUGGUGUGCUUAUGACCUUUUCCGAAUGGCUCGCCUUUGACAUCCUUUCGAUCGCCGCGGGCUACCUAAGUGCAUCCGACCUUGCCGCUCAGUCGGUAUUGAUGACCGUUGCGGUCACAAUUUAUCAUCUCCCUUUUCCCAUCUCGGUUGCUGCCUCGACACGAUUUGGCAACCUCAUCGGAUACGGGGCUCUGAAUGCCGCCAGAACGACAUGGAGAACACACUAUAUCAUAUUCGUCUGUAUUGGAUUGUUCGACGUCAUUCUGCUGACCACAUGUCGACAUGUCAUUGCUGCCAUCUUCACAAAGGACGAGGCUGUUCGCGCUAUCAUUGCCACAGUUAUACCUAUUAUGGCAGCGGCGCAACUCUUCGAUGCUCUUGUCGCCAUUUCCAAUGCCCUUCUGCGAGGUCUGGGAAGACAAAAAAUUGGCGGAUGGGUCAACCUCGGAGUGUACUACCUGUUUGCACUCCCGUUGUCAUUCACACUAGCCUUCGGUCCGCCGCAUAUGGGACUCGGUGGUAUGUGGAUCGGCCCUUGUUGUGGCCUUGGAUGUGCUAGCCUUAUAAUGUUCACCUACAUGAGGUUGACAGACUGGGAGAAGGCCGUGGAGGAUGCCAGAGCCAGGGAGGAGUAGACAGCGUUAUCUCGGACCCCCAUGUUGCUU